UUUAAGGGAACGCUUACCCGCGCCCGCACCGAACUGAACCCCGACUAUCUGGACCUACGCUCCCGAGCCGAGCUGAACCCAGAGUACUGGACACCCUGCACUCCUCUAUCUCAGCGGCGCGUCACGUUUCACCUGCCGGACGGGUCUCAGGAAAGCUGCAGUGACAGUGGGCUGGGGGACCAUGAGCCCGUGGGCAGUGUCCCGCUCCUCUCACACCCUCUCCCUCUGGUGCAGGCGCAGGACGACUUCUACGAGCAGACCUCUCCGGACAAGAGGACCGAAGCAGACGGGAACUCGGACCCCAACUCUGAUGGACCUCUAGGACCGAGAGGCUUGGUGGAGGCCACAGAGAUGUGCACCCAAGAGUGUCUGGUGUUGGGCCACUCCGACAACUGCUGGAUGCCUCCGAGCCUGAGCUCGUACCCUUCGCCCAAGUCCCCCGUUUCCUCUUUCAACAACCAAAAGGAGUGGGCUAAAGAGAGACUGCUCAAUGGCCACACACUGACCCGCAGCUGGAAAGGUGAGCGUGGAAGCCAGGAGCAGUUUGGGGACAGGAAGACCUACGGGAGCUCGGAAGGACAUUUUGGCAGCGGCGGUCACAUGGCCGACAUCCCACUAGCUAGCCUGAAAUCUUACCAGCCCGCCUCUGGCCACGACAGUCCUAAAGAACAGCAGCUUUAAGAGUGUUUUUGGGGUUCAUUUUGUGUCCGUCUUCUCUCUCUCUCUCUCUCUCUCUCUCUCUAUCGGAUCAUCCCAGCAACUUUUGAGAGCUUUAGCCCAUUCCUCCUUUUCUUAGAUCGAUGCCUAUGCGGUGUGUUAGUUACGUGUAUGGAGUAGACAUAGACUUUAUCGCUUAUGCAGGACAGUAUACUAUGCGAAUCCGCCUCGCCGACGGCCCGUCUGCGGGAUCUUCUCAUGCAAAUCCAUAACUGCCAUCAAACUCUCAUGGUUUGCUGCAAAUUCACAUUAAAAUGGAUCAUCUUAUACUUCGUCCUGAACAGAGACUGCAAACAAACGUUCAGGAUAAACAAAACAGGGCUGUGCUCUAUGUAUCACGGUUAUAAAAAAAAAAAAAAAAAACGAAAAAAAAACAACAACAAUAUAACGGCUGACCAAUAUAUACAAAUAUUGUGACGUGAUUGUUUUUGAGCUGUUUUGGAACUAUAUUAAUCUACACCAUCCGAGAAAAUGGAAUCUACAAACUGAGAAAGCUUUGUGCUUAUUAACACUGUUAGUAUCGUUUAGUCUGUCAUCGUUGAAGUGUUUGUAAAUAGGACUUAAUACUAACCGAUUUUAUGUACUUGUAAUAAUCACAUGGAAUAGAUCAGUGAACAUGACAGCUGUCUUUUAUCAUU